AUGUCUGCGAAAGCAGUCAGCGAACUAUCAGGCAAAGAGCUUCUUUACAGACACCUAGAACCAACAGGUCUCAUCGAUGCGCCUCGUCUACUCCGAUUGAAUGAAGGAGACGAUUUCGGAGCGGUUUUGAACGAUUUUCGACGACAGCACAGUGCACCCGCUGAGAAGCUUGUCAUCAAGCCCGAUCAAUUGAUUAAACGACGCGGAAAGCAUGGACUUGUCAAAUUUGGACCAAUCAAUGAAAUCGAGAAGAAUUUUAAAGAAUGGCAAGGAACCUAUGUGAAAGUUGGAAAGACGACCGGUCGCCUCAGAACAUUCAUCGUCGAGCCUUUUGUUGGCCAUUCGGACUCGGAUGAGUUCUACAUUUGCAUCUACAGCGGACGAGAUGCGGACACGAUUAUGUUCUACGAGCAAGGUGGAGUCGAUAUUGGAGAUGUCGAUCAAAAGGCAAGAAGACUCGAAGUCUCGGUUGAACUCGAUGAGGGGAAGAUGACACCAAAGGAUGACGAGUUGAAGGCACUACUCGGAAAUCUCGGAGAAAGAACAUCAAUUGUCACCCAAUUUGUGAAGCAGCUUUAUCACAUCUACAAAGAAUGCCACUUCACCUAUCUUGAAAUCAAUCCUCUAGUGGUGGUCAACAACAAAGUGCACAUUCUUGAUUUGGCUGCGAAACUCGAUGAAACAGCUCUUUUCUUGUGCAGUGAGAAAUGGAAAGGAAGAGAUGGAAGCCUGGUCGAGUUCCCAGCGCCAUUUGGACGAGAUCUCACAACAGAGGAGCACUACAUUGCCGAUUUGGACUCGAAGACCGGCGCCUCGUUGAAGUUGACGAUUCUCAAUAGAGAGGGACGCAUCUGGACGAUGGUUGCUGGUGGUGGAGCAAGUGUUGUUUUCACAGACACCGUUUGUGAUCUUGGUGGCUCAAACGAGUUGGCCAACUAUGGAGAGUAUUCCGGAGAUCCAUCCGAAUCGCAAACUUAUGAGUACGCGAAAACAAUCCUCUCCGUGAUGACCGAAGGAAAACCGAACCCAAAGGGAAAAGUGCUGAUCAUCGGUGGAUCGAUCGCAAAUUUCACCAAUGUUGCGAAGACUUUUGGGGGAAUUGUGAAAGCCUUUGAGUCUUUUGUCGACAAAUUGAAGGAGCAUCAUGUAACGAUUUAUGUGCGCAGAGGUGGCCCAAAUUAUCAACAGGGAUUGCGAAAGAUCAAGGAAGUUGCUGACCGUCUCGAUUUGCCGAUCCACGUUUUCGGACCAGAGACUCACAUGACAGCAAUCGUCGGAGCAGCUCUCGGUGUUCGUCCAGUGCCCGCCGCUCCGGUUGCCCCUCACACAACUGGUCAAUUCUUGCUAUCCCCUGAAAGAAAUACAGCUGGCACUAUUCGCAAUAUUGACUCAUCGGUCGAUCUCCGUUCAGGAGUGCAACAAGAAGUGAAAGCUGUUGGGAAAGAGCUUUAUGAGAGUCUCUUUGAGAACAAUACAAAGGCUGUGAUUUGGGGACAGCAGUUGAAGGCUGUGCAGGGAAUGCUCGAUUUCGACUACGUUUGUCGUCGUGCUUCUCCAUCAGUCGUAGCCUCCACUUAUCCAUUCACUGGUGACAGCAAACAGAAGUACUACUUCGGGCAGAAAGAAAUCCUCAUCCCAUCGUAUCAAAAGAUGAAAGACGCCUUCUCUUCUCAUCCAGAUGCAACUGUCAUGGUCACUUUUGCCUCUCUGCGAUCGGUGUUCGAUACGGUCAAAGAAGCCCUCACCUAUCCCCAACUUCGAGUUAUUGCAAUCAUUGCUGAAGGAGUUCCAGAAAAUCAGACGAGAAAGUUGAUCAAAUUGGCUGAUGAAAGAGGUGUGACGAUUAUCGGACCGGCUACUGUUGGUGGAAUCAAACCCGGGUGCUUCAAGAUUGGAAACACUGGAGGAAUGAUGGACAAUAUCUUAGCUAGCAAGCUGUAUCGAUCGGGAAGUGUUGCUUAUGUGUCUCGCUCUGGUGGAAUGUCGAACGAGCUCAACAACAUCAUCAGCAGCAACACUGAUGGCGUUUUUGAGGGAGUCGCGAUUGGAGGUGAUCGUUACCCAGGAUCCACUUACACCGAUCACAUCAUGAGAUAUCAAAAUGAUGACAGAGUCAAAAUGAUGGUGUUACUUGGCGAAGUCGGUGGUACUGAAGAGUACAAGAUCGUUGAAGCACUGAAAGCCAAACGAAUCACCAAGCCGAUUGUUGGAUGGUGCAUUGGGACCUGUGCUGACCAUAUUACUUCAGAGGUACAAUUUGGUCAUGCUGGUGCCUCGGCAAACGCUCAAGGAGAAACGGCGGCAGCGAAGAAUUCAGCUCUUCGUGCAGCUGGAGCCAUUGUUCCCGCUUCGUUCGAUGAUUUGGGAAAAGAGAUUCGAAAGGAAUAUGAGAGACUGGUCUCCAAUGGAACGAUCAUUCCAAAGGAAGAAGUCCCACCACCAGCUGUCCCAAUGGACUACUCAUGGGCUCGAGAACUUGGACUCAUUCGGAAACCGGCUUCAUUCAUGACCUCGAUUUGUGAUGAGAGAGGAGAGGAACUUCUCUACGCCGGUGUUCCGAUUACGCGAGUCUUGGAAGAAGAGAUGGGUGUUGGCGGUGUCCUCUCGCUUCUCUGGUUCCAGAAACGUUUGCCCGAUUAUGCGAACAAGUUCAUCGAGAUCUGCCUAAUGCUCACCGCUGAUCACGGACCUGCCGUCUCCGGAGCGCACAACACGAUCGUUUGCGCCAGAGCUGGCAAAGAUCUCAUCUCAUCGCUUGUGUCCGGAUUGCUCACAAUUGGGGACCGUUUCGGUGGCGCACUCGAUGGAGCCGCAAAGACUUUCGCGGAAGCGUUCGACAAACAACAAAGUGCUCAUCAAUUUGUCAAUGAAAUGCGCCAUCAAGGAAAACUGAUUCCUGGCAUUGGACAUCGUGUGAAAUCGAUUAACAACCCUGACAAACGAGUGGAGAUCCUAAAGAAGUUUGCUCUCAACCGUGACAUCUUCAAGCAAGAAACCCCGCUGUUGAACUUUGCGCUUGAUGUUGAAAGGAUCACUACUGCCAAGAAGCCAAACCUUAUUCUCAACGUUGAUGGAGCCAUUGGAGUGAUCUUUGUAGACAUUUUGAGGCAAUCAGGCUUGUUUACGCAAGCGGAAGCUCAGGAAACGAUCGAAAUUGGAUCGUUGAAUGGACUUUUUGUACUUGGACGAUCCCUUGGCUUCAUUGGCCAUUACCUCGAUCAGCGCCGUCUCAAACAAGGUCUUUACCGUCAUCCAUGGGAUGACAUCACUUAUGUUCUCCCUGAAGGCGAAUUCGAUCGGGCGAACGACGAACGAAAAGCAAAGCAUGGA